AUGAUUAAACCGACUUCCACUCGCCUAGUCUUCGUUUUAAUAUUGAUCGUGUGUUUGAGCAUCAGCGCCAGCCGUCCUGUGGCCGAUGCACAACCCUUAGAGAAACGGACGAACUGGUACUAUCACUCCAUAUCUUGUGCCGCGCAAGGUUUGUUCGCGUACUUUAGAGUUGAUCAACCUAUCUGGUUUAAAGUACAGUGGUGGGGUGUGAUGACGGCUGAGAACGGCGGUUUUAUAGACACUGCCGAUCAAGCCUGGAGUGCCUGCAAUGCUUGCCAACGGGAUAAUAAGAUAUCACAAGGUGACUGUAGGGGAGAAGUGAAGUCACUACUGAAGAUGGCCAUAAUGAACGUUGUUAAGGUCACAGUUGGCUGGGCAACCACAUCUGGUGUCAACCCCAUCAUGUUUGUUGACGGUCAAAAUCGACGCAAACGUGACUUGCAUCAACGUACCACAACACGACGUUGUCCGUGUCUUCUAACACUCCUCUGCUUGAUAGUUUACUAUCUUUUACUCAAGUAA